UUCGUGAAACAAAAACCAAAACAACAAGAAGACUUGUUUCUUUCAGGUAAAAUAAAACACACAAAAUUUCCAAGCAUACCAAGAAGAGAGAGAAACAAAACAAGAGAUCGAAACUUCAAUUUGCUGGAACCCUCGAUCGUGAAAAGAAAGUUCGCUAAUUUCUCCUUGAUUCAGAUUCUUGAUAACAUUUCUGCUGCGAAAAAUGGCGUCACUUGUUGCGAAAUCGUGUAGUGGUAAUAGUAGUAGUUCGAGUCGUGUGUCACCGGUUAUGAUGGUGCAAGAAAAGGGGAGUAGGAAUAAGAGAAAGUUUAGGGCUGAUCCGCCGCCUGUGACGGAUCUAAAUAAAACGGUUUCACAAUUGCAAAAUGAAUGCUUGGGUUAUGAAUUUGCUGCUGAGAGUUUUGUGAACGAACACGCAAAUGAGUGUGAUAUGUGUAGUUUCGGUUGCGAGGGUGCAAGUUCCGUUGACCUUGACUUGGGUCUAUCGUGUUCGGGAGGGUUAGGGUCGAAUCAUAAUGCGCCCGAGAUGGAACCGAGUGACGGGUUUCAUGAUGCUGAUUGGAGUGAUCUUACGGAAUCGCAGUUGGAAGAACUUGUGUUAGCGAAUUUGGACACGAUUUUUAAAAGUGCGAUUAAGAAAAUAGUUUCGUUUGGUUACACCGAAGAAGUUGCUAUUAAGGCUGUUUUGAGAUCGGGUCUUUGUUACGGUUGUAAAGAUGCGGUAACGGAUAUAGUCAACAAUACUUUGGUUUUUCUUCGAAAUGGUCAAGAGGUUGAUUCGUUAAGGGAACAUCACUUUGAGGAUUUACAGCAAAUGGAGAAAUACAUAUUAGCGGAAUUGGUCUGUUUGGUUCGUGAAGUCAGACCGUUUUUCAGCACCGGGGAUGCAAUGUGGUGCUUGUUGGUUUCCGACAUGAAUGUGUCGCACGCUUGCACAUUGGAUAGUGAGUCGUUAAAUAGUUUAGUCGGUGAUGAUGCGUCAAAUAGUUGCGUCUCCGAUUCAUCAGAAACGAAUCAGAAAAAGGAAGCCAGUAGUACCGUAAGUCCUCAAAAUCCCAAUAAUACCCCUUUAGAAGCACCCGUAACGCCCUUUAAGGCGGAAGUUCAUAACCCGAAACCGAAAUCACCAUUUGUGUUAAAUAAAUUUUCAUCAGAAAAAGAGAACCAUGAGUCUGCACAUCGAACGGUUGGUAAAUCUUUCAGCCCCUCGUCUCAAAAUCAUGAAGAAAAAGCCGUAAGUGGUAGAAAGAUUAUCGGAAUUAAUAAACGAGAAUCUAUAAUUAGACAAAAGUCCGUUCAUUUGGAGAAAAGUUAUCGUACGUAUGGUUCUAAAGGGGUUUUAAGAUCCGGAAAACUCACUAACUUCGGUGGUUUACUUUUAGAUAAGAAACUAAAGUCCGUAUCGGAAUCUACCGGUAUCAAUCUUAAAAAUCUCUCUUUGAAAAUGAGUAAGGGAGUGGGGUCCGGUUUGCCUCAGGAAAAUACAACUGAAACUGUGUUGCCAAAAACCGAUAACCCUCCUGUAUUAUUACAAGCCGAAACCGAAUUAUCUCUUUCGGCCCCACGAAAACAAAAUGUUGCUCAAGUGCGUGAUGUUUCUAGACCUAGCUUUUCAGCCGUACCGUGCGACAAGUCUUUUAAGCAGUGGGCCCCGCAUACUACAAAAGAUGAAAUAGUUAUGAAGCUGGUACCGAGGGUGCACGAGCUGCAGAACCAGAUGCAAGAAUGGACCGAAUGGGCGAACCAGAAGGUUAUGCAGGUGGCUCGUAGGCUCGGUAAAGAUAAGGCGGAACUGAAAACGCUUAGAUUAGAGAAAGAAGAAGUUGAGAGAUUAAAAAAAGAAAAAAAAAUGUUGGAAGAUAAUACGAUGAAGAAACUAACGGAAAUGGAGAAUGCUUUGUGCAAAGCUAGUGGACAGGUGGAACGAGCAAAUAAUGCUGUUCGAAGGUUGAAAGUGGAGAAUUCUAGUUUAAGGCGGGAGAUGGAGGCUGCCAAUUUACGGGCUGCUGAGUCAGCUGCCAGCUGUGAAGAGGUGUCCAAGAGAGAGAAAAAAACGUUGACGCAGUUUCAGUCAUGGGAGAAGGUCAAAACGUUGUUUCAUGAUGAGCUUUUAGCCGAAAGACGUAAGGUGACGCAGUUACAACAAGAUCUGGAAUUAGUUAAAGAACAACAAGAGCAAGUUGAGACUCGAUGGAAACAAGAAGAAAAGGCGAAAGAGGAACUAAUCAGCCAAGCCACAUCAUAUAGGAUAGGCCGGUUAGAGGCCGAAUCUACAGCUAAAUUAAGGGAGGAUUUAACCAGAUUAAAAGCGGAUAAUAAUCUUCAAAGAUACAAAGAAGAUGUAGAAAAACUUGAAAAGGAAAUCUCAGUGCUGAGUUUAAAAACCGAUUCAUUAAAAAUAGCCGCUUUAAAGGGAGGUGUUGAUGGAAGCUAUGCCGAUGUUAGAACUUCACCUCCACGACAUGAAUCUCAACCGCCUGCAAUCUCCAAAGUGGCCAAUGAUUUUCAUGGUAGCGGGGGUGUGAAGCGGGAACGUGAGUGUGUGAUGUGUUUAUCGGAGGAAAUGUGUGUUGUUUUUCUCCCGUGCGCACAUCAAGUUGUGUGUAAAACAUGCAAUGAGAUUCAUGAAAAGCAAGGAAUGAAGGAUUGCCCUUCGUGUAGAGGGCCGAUUCAGAGGCGUAUUUGUGUACGCUAUGCUCGUUCUUCUUGAACCGGUUUUGUUCUUGAUAGAGUUACCGAACUGUGGAAUGGUUUUUUUUAUGUUGUGUGUUUAAGUGUCGUGCUUAUGAGUGUUUUCGACGUUUGAGCUUUGUUAUUAUGAUUGCUUAAAACCAGUGUGUAUUUAACCGGUUUUAUGUAAUAAAGACAUGCAUCUUUGGCUA